AAUGGCUCAGAGCCCGGGCACUUCAUGUUCUCAGGAAUAAGAUUCUGACUGGAACCCCAGCAGGCUCUAGAAUUCCUGAGUUCUCUGCCAAGGCAGGGAAUCCAGUGGGUGGACGAAGCUUUUCAUCUGAACUCAGCAAGGGGUUUGGGAAGAGCCAACUGUUCUUUCUGAUCACCUUUGAGUAUUGCUUUGGUAAAUGCAAAUAUUUCCACAGUCUCUUCAAUACAUUUGGGAAGCUUUAAAAAAUAACCUUCCUAAUCACUUAAUUCCCUCUACCCCCCCCUCCCAAAAUGACCUCAUAAGAAUUUACAGGAAUUAAGCUAAGCCCUCCCAAUGACUGCAAGUAGCACAGGCUGCAAUGAAGAAAAAAACCCCAAAGGAAAUUCCUUUUUAUCAGUCGCAACAACCCCAAAAUGCAGGCUGGAAAGAGCUUGGCCAGGAGUUCUUAACAGGAAAACUCACAAUGAUUUCAAGGAGAGGAAGGCUGGCUUCUGGUUCCUGCCCCUUAAUGUGUCUUAUGCAGCAAUUUGAAAGAAACUCUCAGCACAGGGAGAGCCAGAGCCACCGUUUGUGGGAUCCCUGCCCCUCAGGCUAAUCUUUGACCCGAAGGCUAGAUCGAUCUCUCGUGUCCAGCUCACAAAGCAUGCCCCAGAUGGGUGCUGAUGUCACAGUGCCCCAGUUACCAGGGGAAACCCAGUCUCUGUGAAGCCAUCAAGACGGCCAUUAUCACAUAGGGCUAUGUCCCCCAGGGUGACAGGCUUGGUGGGCAGAGGCCUUCAAAAGCCUUGGCCAUGCUGGGCUCAGCAGCAAGGGUGGGUCUGAGAGCUCACACCCACCGCAGAGUCUACGGCUGGGUGGGCAGACAUGAGCGACAGGCGCAUCGCCCGAAAAUUCAGGAGGAGAAAGCCCCAGCGCUUCUCCCUCAUCUCUAGCACUGAAGAGCCGCUUGGACAGCCCAAGAAGAAGCGGCGCAGCUCAUCCACGGAGGCCACGGAAGACAAGAAGACCAGGGGAGAAUCCGCCUCUAUCCAGCUCUUCCCUCCCGAGCUGUUGUACUACAUCAUCUCCUUCCUGCCAGUGAGGGACCUGGUGGCUCUCGGCCAGACCUGCCGGUAUUUCUAUGAAGUUUGCGACAGUGAGGGGGUCUGGCAGCGGAUCUGCCGCCGUCUUUCCCCUCGGCUGCGGGAUGAGAAUUCGGGUGGCAGCCGGCCGUGGAAGAGAUCAGCCAUCCUCAACUACACCAAGGGCUUGUACUUCCAGAUGUUCAGCGGCCGGCGGCAUUUCGUCAGCAAGACAGUGGCCCCCCUUCUCUCGCACGGCUACCGGAAGUUCUUGCCCACCAAGGACCACAUCUUCAUCUUGGACUACAACGGCACGCUCUUCUUCCUCAAGAAUGCCCUGGUCUCCUCCACCAUGGGCCACAUCCAGUGGCGCCGGGCCUGCCGCUACAUGGUGCUGUGCCGCAGUGCUAAGGACUUUGCCACAGACCCCCGGAAUGACACCGUCUACCGCAAGUACCUGUACGUGCUGGCCACCCGGGAGCAGCCGCCCAGCCCUGCCUUGGGGCGCAGCGAGGGCUCUGGCCCGGCCCCCAGCAGCCGCCUCUGUGACUGCGUGGAGGUGUACCUGCAAUCCAGUGGGCAGCGGGUGUUCAAGAUGACCUUCCAUUUCUCCAUGAAGUUCAGGCAGAUUGUGCUGGUGGGGCAAGAGACCGAAAGGUCCCUCCUGCUCCUGACAGAGGAAGGCAAAAUCUACAGCUUGGUGGUGAACGAGACGCAGCUGGACCAGCCCCGCUCCUACACGGUGCAGCUGGCCCUUCGCAAAGUCUCCAAGUGCCUCCCCCACAUCUCCGUCCGCCACAUGCACUCCAACCAGAGCAGCGCCGUCUACCUCACAGGCGAAGGCACCGUCUACUUCGAGGUCCACUCCCCUGGGGUUUACCGUGACCUCUUUGGCACCCUGCAUGCCUUCGACCCUCUUGAUCAGCAGAUGCCCCUGGCCCUUUCUCUCCCAGCUAAGGUGCUCAGCUGCGCCCUGGGUUACAACCACCUGGGCCUGGUGGAUGAAUUUGGACGGAUUUUCAUGCAGGGAAAUAACCGCUACGGUCAGCUGGGUACGGGGGACAAGAUAGACCGCGGGGAGCCUGCCCAGGUGCACUACCUGAAAUGGCCCCUCGACCUGUGGUGUGGGCUGAACCACACACUGGUGCUGAGCCAGAGCGGGGACUUCAGCAAGGACCUGAUGGGCUGUGGCUGUGGCGCAGGGGGGCGCCUGCCAGGAUGGCCGAAGGGCAGCGCCUCCUUUGUCCGGCUGCAGAUCAAGGUGCCGCCCUGUGCCCGCCGUAUCUGCUCCACCCGGGAAUGCCUCUACAUGCUAUCCAGCCACGACAUCGAGGAGGCGCCUGCCUACCGCGAGUUGCCGGCCAGCAAGGCCGCUGUGGCCCCCGGCGACUCGGAGGCUCUGGCCGCUCGCACCUGCGAAGAGUACCUCAGCCAGCUGCACAAGUGCCCAACGCUGGAGGGGCGCAUGGCCAAAAUGAAGGAGGCGGUGGGCAGCAUGCCCCUCAUGACCUUCCAGAAGGACUUCUUCUGGGAGGCUCUGGACAUGAUCCAGAGGGCGGCCGAACUGCGGGAAGCCCCCCCGUCCAGCUAGCUCAUGGACCACGGCUCCCUCUGGCCCCUUUCCCCACCCCCACCCCCGAUAUCCUUCCCUUAUACGCAUCAUGGAUCAUGAUUGACAGAUAGAGAAGACUUCGCACUGAACAAUUGGGAAUAAAUAAAGCACAAGCACAGACCAA